UAUUCGAUUCGUUGCCCCCAAAGCAAACAGAUCUACGAAAAUGAAAUUCUUCAUCUUGACUUUGGCUCUGGUUGGCUGUGUGACCGCUGAAUCGGGCUACAACUAUAAUGCUCCAGUGGCCGCCCCCGCUCCCGUGAGGUCGUACUCGGCUCCCCGUCAAUUCGCUGCCUCCGCCCCAGCUCCAGUGGCUGCCCCUGCUCCUGCUCCAGCCAGGACCUAUGUGCCGCCAGCUCCUGCUGCCUCCGCCCCUGUGCAGACUUUCGCCCCCGCCCCGGCUCCGGUGGCUGCCCCAGCUCCAGUUUUCCAGCAAGCUGCCUCUGCACCCGCACCAGUGCGCACCUAUGUGCCCCCAGCUCCAGUCCACCAUGCCGCUGCAUCUGCUCCAGCUCCCGUUCAGUCCUUUGCCCCUGCUCCCGCUCCAGUAGCAGCUCCUGCUCCAGUUUUCCACGCCGCUGAGUCUGCUCCAGCUCCAGCUAGGACCUAUGUGCCACCCGCACCACAGGUUCACCGUGCUCCUGCUCCUCAGGUCUACCAUGCUCCAGCUCCCGCUCCUCAGGUUCAUCACCAUGCUGCCGCAUCCGCACCUGUGCAGAGUUUCUCCGCCCCAGCACCAGCACCAGCCCCCGUGCAGUCCUUUGCCCCCGCUCCCGCUCCUGCCUUCGAGUCCUCAGGACCAGUUUUCGAGGCUGCCGCUUCCGCUCCCUCUGCCGCCCGCUCCGGAUACGAUUACAGCCAGCCCGCCGCCAGCCAGCAGGGAUACAAGUACAAGACCAUCCGUCGUCGUGUGUACAAGCACCGCGCUUAAGAAUGCUAAUGAUUAUGAUGCUAUGAUAAUAA